GUCGAUCGUGAGGAGCCAGGCACCCUCCCUUCCCGCCCUUCUGAUCAGAUUCCUUUUAUAUGAAGCUCAUCUGCUCCCUGAGGGCCAGACCUCACUGAUGACUGGGAAGCAAAGAGUACCUAGGAAAGCACUUUUACCACGGACUCCACCUCGGGAGCACCACGAACCCAUCUUCUAAGUGUGCCCCUUCCGUGCGGACCCGAUGUCUGCUGCAAUGGAUACAGAAUCAACGUAUUCGGGAUACUCCCACUACUCAGGUCACUCCAAAAAAGCCCACAGACAAGGGAGUCGGGACAGGCACAAAUCUCCGCGGAGCAAAGACGGCAGUCGGUCCGAGAAGUCUGUCACCAUCCAGACACCUCCAGCAGAGCCGCUGCUGGGGAACGAUGCCUCUCGGGCAGAGGAGGGCCAGGAUGACAACUGGGGUGAGACCACAACAGCAAUCACAGGCACCUCCGAGCACAGCAUCUCCCAGGAGGACAUUGCCCGGAUCAGUAAGGAUCUGGAGGACAGCGUUGGGUUGGACUGCAAACGUUACCUGGGCUUAACAGUGGCAGCUGUUCUUGGACUCCUUGUCUUCCUUACCCCCAUCGCCUUCAUUCUGUUACCCCAGAUCCUGUGGCGGGAUGAUCUGGAGCCGUGUGGUACUGUCUGUGAGGGACUGUUCAUCUCUGUGGCGUUUAAACUCCUCAUUCUUCUGAUUGGCACCUGGGCUCUGUUUUUUCGCCAGCCUAAGGCAGAUAUACCAAGGGUGUUUGUGUUUCGGGCCCUUCUGCUGGUCCUCAUCUUCCUGUUUGUGUUUUCCUACUGGCUCUUUUACGGCGUUCGCAUCUUGGACUCGAAGGACACCAACUACCAAGGGAUAGUGCAGUAUGCGGUGUCUCUGGUGGAUGCUCUGCUCUUCAUUCACUACCUGGCCAUUGUCCUGCUGGAGCUGCGGCAGCUGCAGCCCAUGUUCACUGUCAAGGUGGUUCGGUCAACGGAUGGAGAGUCGAGAUACUACAGCUUGGGGCACUUGAGCAUCCAGCGAGCUGCACUGGUGGUUCUGGAAAAUUACUACAGAGAUUUCACAGUCUACAACCCAGCCUUGUUAACAGCCUCCAAAUCCCGUGCAGCCAAGCACAUGGCUGGACUGAAAGUCUACAAUGUUGAUGGCCCAGGUAACAACGCUUCGGGGCAGUCCCGUGCCAUGAUUGCAGCCGCGGCCCGUCGCCGGGACUCCAGUCACAACGAGCUCUACUAUGAAGAGGCCGACCACGAGCGCCGAGUGAGGAAACGCCGCGCGAGGCUUGUGGUUGCAGUAGAGGAGGCUUUCACUCACAUCAAACGGCUCCAGGCAGAGGAACAGCAGAAAGCUCCAGGAGAGAUGAUGGACCCUCGAGAAGCAGCCCAGGCAAUCUUUCCCUCCAUGGCAAGAGCUCUGCAGAAGUACCUUCGCACCACCCGCCAGCAACAGUACCACAGCAUGGAGAGCAUCUUGCAACACUUGUCCUUCUGCAUCACCAAUAACAUGACACCAAAGGCAUUCCUGGAGCGUUACCUCAACCCAGGCCCAACCCUCCAGUACGACAGGGAUCGCUGGUUCUCCAAGCAGUGGACACUUGUCAGCGAGGAAGCAGUCACAAGCGGGUUACAAGACGGCAUUGUGUUUGUCCUCAAGUGCUUGGACUUCAGCCUUGUUGUUAAUGUGAAGAAAAUCCCCUUCAUCAAACUCUCGGAAGAGUUCAUAGACCCUAAAUCUCAUAAAUUUGUCCUCCGCUUACAGUCUGAGACUUCAGUCUAAGGGAUUUUGAGGGCAUACUGUAAAUCUCACGCUCCCCCUCUCCACAUGAUUGCGACGUGGGUGUUUUUGUUGGAGCUCUGCCUUACGCCCUGCGCCUUUGUGUCUCUGCUUUUGUGACCUGUCGCUGUCUCCGGGAGCGCUCUGCUCGCCCCUCCGCUGCAGAAACCCCCUGGGACAGCAGGGAUUUGCAGUCCCUCUUCCCUCGGGGAGGAUCUAGUGGGGGGGAACCCUUCAAAGGAUGGGUGUGAGAGCUUCUGUGAGCCACCUAACCUGGAGACUGAAGACUUUCAUUCUUUUCCUCCUCUCCAUGUGCCCUCUUCUGUCAGUGCUGGACCUGUAAGAGCAUAGUGGGGUGGUUUUUGCUUUCUGUGUCUCUGAAGCUGCUUGUCUUGAAGUGGAUCAGCCCAUCUUGCAGCCCUUCAAUUUUAUUUUUUUUUUUUUUUAACCAGUGCUUGUUAGUGAAACUGUUCUGCGUGGUGCAGCUCCCUGUUAUCUCUCACUUGCUUCCCUCUCUCCUGUUUGCCUGCGUCUCCCAAGGCUCCCUCUUUCUGUCCCCUUCCCUGUGGCUUUCUGAAUGUGUUUCUCUCGCCACGGUCCCCUCGGGGUCUGCCUUACCGCCCGUUCCUUUCGCACCUGCAAGGGCUGCCUGUUUGCACUGGGACGGGGCAGAGUAAGUACCUGGCUUCUCCUCCCAUAAAUCACAGACCCUCCCUACGUCUGACAGCCUCUUGAAGGGGAAGAGGGGUGCAGGCAGGAAUGUGCCUCUCCCUCUCCAGCUGGCUUCAAGUGCGUCUGGAGGAAAGAAGGGCAAAAGCAUUUCCCUCCUUGAGGAGAGGAGCCAGGGAAGGGCUGAUCUUCGCCACGUGCACUUGGCUUGGGAGAACUGCUGUGCUCUGGAAACGCUGCAGUGUGUCCUUCCCUGCCAUACGCCUUCAGCUAUAGCUAAGAAAUACCAAACUAUGUCUGAAUGUUGUAAAAUCUGCCUGCCUUUCUUGGCCUUCCUGUACUGCAGGAGGUUCUGCUCGGUGCCGGGACCUGCUCCUGUCAGAGAUGCCUAGCUCUUAAAUUGCAGUUUGGUUUGCAAGGCUGCCUUUGCCCAUCAGUGCAGCUUUGGUGUGUGACUUCUGUCCUCUCAGAUCUGCGGAGUUUUGAAAAGUUUGCUUUUAACGAUGGGCCUCUAAAGCGAUGUCUGAAGUCUGAUUGCCAGCACAGGGCAUUGUCUGACUCUGGAGCCAGCUCCGAGGCUGGCAGGGACCUGCCUUUAGUCAGGUCUCUCUAAGAACCCAGCUCUGUGGUGGUAGAUUUGCGUGUGCGAAUGCAAACGCUUGAUUCAUUUUGCACGCACACCCCCCUCAGUCUUUUGCCUUGCAAAUAUCUCUAUCAGGCAGGAUCUGACCUGCCUUCCAUACAGAUGUCUUAACACAGAGGUCCCCAGUUCAGCAAGGUGCAUAAGCCAGUGCCUUUUGCUGCCAGGGUGCAUUGUCUUCCAUGGGGAGCUGUGACAGCCUUUCCCACCCCCUCUGGCCUUUCCUGGGUUCCUUCACCAGCUCAUGGGGCUGCCCCUCGCUCCUACCAGCGCGAGGUGGCCUUGGCCAAGAGCAGGGCUCUGCCAGUCCUUCAUGGCAUGGCUGGUAUGGGCUGACUGGUGCCCACCAUGAGCCGGUGGGAGGGAGCAGCUGCCUUAAGCUGAGGUGCAAGGGACAUGGCAGGGGGGUCCAGCCUCUUUGAGCUUCAGCAGCAAUGGAGCUGCCAUGUCCAACAGCACCCACGAAUAGUCCACUUGGGAUCAAGGGAACGCUCUGGUGAGCGAGGGUCCAAAGCGGUGAUUCCUUAUCCAAGGGACACCUGCAGUCUCCUGCAUCUCUCCCACAAGUGCAUGGUAGCCACCUGGAUCCUGUGUUUUCCAUGUAAUGUGCCAGACAUGGUUGUGAAGAAACUAGAUGGCGCGGUACAUGAUGGGAUCAGGCCCACAUCCCUUAAAGGGUGGGAAUUAGGUAGAGUUUUCCCUUCCCUAAACUUAGUGUUUGCGUUUCUUUCUAGGUCAGACUUUCUGGUAGUCUGUACAGGGACUCCUUUAUUGACUGUGGCCUUUGCAGUAUUCUGUUUUGUAGAAGUACAUUAUUUUAUUCCCUCCUGGGGAAAAAAAAAAAAAAGGAAGUAUCUCACUCUUGGCUCUCCUAAAGAUGCAUGUAUCUGACUUUUAUGAUGUGCAUAACCAGCAAGGUGGGAGAGACUGGGAGUAGCUUGGGAGACUAUGGAGCACUUAUACCUGUGUGGAGGCUUCUGCCUGUGGCUGAAUUUGCUCGUUUCUCUGAAGCCAGAACAAGAACCACCUUGCCAGGGGCUUGGGUGUGCCAUGUGCGUGAGAGAGCACCUUGUCUCAGACAUCUCUGCAGAACUUCCUUACUUUCCCAGGAUUUCCUUCCCCUUUCCUUUUCCCUCCCCCCACGAGGGCGGUUGUCUGACAGUAUCUGCUCAGGAAACUCACGUCUUUAAUGGUGUUAAAUCCUUAAACACAUGGACAGCCAGGGGGGAAACAACACAGGCUCGCUCUGGGUCUGCUCCCCCGUCUGCGUGCUGUGGGUCAGCGCUGCCUUCUCUGCCUCCUGCCCAAAAGGACACUGUCCAGGGGGGGACAACUCCUGUGUUAAACACUCUUCCCUGUCUCAGCAGCGUGAAUACUUUGCUUGAUGAAAUCUGAAGGAGAGGACUUGGCCUCUCAGAGCGUUCCUUCAGAGUUGCAACCUGCCUGUGGGUGAGGAGAGACUAAAGGCGGAAUUGGGACUCCUGAGUAUUCCCUGGUUUUGUUGUUGUGUUGGGUUUUUUUUUGUCAUUUUAUUCCUUUCAGGGUUUUUCUUGUUUCCCCACUCCGUGCAAAAUCAGGGGACCACUGUCAUACCUACCUCUCUGGGGUGUUGUGAGGGUAAACUCCAACUUGUUGUCAAGUGCUUCGAGAUCCACAGAUGGAUCUGUGGCAUCUAUAGGAAUUGAGACUCUUCAUGAAAAUACUGAGCAGUGAGAGCAGACUGGUUUGUUUAACUCUGUUUAUAGCCAGCUAAUGAGUAAGAAUGGAGUCACAGGGAACGAAGCUCUGAUCCAAAAUCCUGCAGUCCUUCUUCUGCAGAGCUUGCCAAGAGCUGAGCAUAAAUAAGGCUUGUAGGAUUUGCCAGCCAAGAGCAGGCUGUUUUCCUCCAAAUGCCUCUCCUAUCCUGCAAUGUCUCCUUGCACAUAUUCUCCCUCCUCUCUCCCAGCCUGGAUGCUUGUACCUGGCUGGGAGAUGUUUGUCGUUUUUUUUAGAAUUCAACUGGUUCAUAAGACAACCUUGUUUGUGGUGAAGUGGACAACGUCCACCUCAGGAGGUGGAUAUCUUUCACUAAAGGCUGACCCACUGGGUAGGGUGCCAUGCUAUGUACCCAGGAGUGGUGUUGCCCCACUCUUGUCUUCCACGUUGGCAUUUUUCCUAUGGCUUUCAAGGACGCCACUUGGAUACUUUAAAGGCUUUGGUGUUUUUUGCUCUCAGAUUUGUUACAGCCUAAAUCCAAAGCCAUGCUGAGCUCUUCCAAAACCAGAUGCAGCUAAGACUUUCAACUGUUACGGAGCAGAUGGAAAUGGCUGUGGGUUCCCACAAAGGCAGGCUUUCUCUUUCAUGGCUAAAGAGUGGAGGAUUCAAAUUUCUUGCAGCUUCUAGGAGUGAUGGGGCAGAUAUUAAUCCCUUAAUACCUUGCCAGUCUUCUAACUGGGGUCUGGGUGAAGGUUGUUAACACAUCUCUGAGCCCCUCAUUGUCACGUGGCUGCAGCACUCUCAGAAGUAUUUUAGCUCUCCCCUUCCAUAGUGUAGUGGUGGUCCCUGACCCAAGCCCCAAGUCACCUUGGGGAGGUGUGGAGGGGAUGCUGCUUGCCACUACCAGUUUUCACCCUGGGAAGGGGAGAUGCUGCCACCCACACACCCCUGUGGGCAGCAGGGUAGCUGGGGUGGGAUGAACCCUGCAUGGAAAUAGUGGUGUGAUGCAGCUUGCUCACAGUGCAAGCUCAGCUCCUGCUUCUGGGGUUGUUUUGGGUGCCUUCAAGAGCGAUUCACCUCCUGAAGGGGGAUAUUGGAGAGAAAGGCAGAUCUGAUUUCAGCCUCUGCCAGCUAUUCUUCUUGACUUCUGCCUCUAAAAACUUUCCUUCCAGCAACUUCAGUCACUGCAGCUCCCAUCCUCCCCUCCCUGCGUCUUUCCCUGAAGUUCCCUAGUGAGGUAGAACAAGUACCCUCUGGGAUGGGAGGUGCUGGGGCUACAGCUUGGAGCUUGGGGGCAGCUCAUGAUAAGGCACAAAUCUGGGGGAGGUCUGAACAAAUCCCAGCCCCAACGGAGCCUCUUAACCUUUUCCUUUGGGAUGGGAAUCUCCACGCAAAGCCUCGGGAACUGGCUGUUGCCAAGUGUGCCAAAAGCUGCGAGGAAGCAGUUUAUGAACCUGGCCCUGCAUAAGUAGCUUUUAAAAGUCUCGUUUGAGAGGUGCUCGUUUCCAACACUUGCUGCUGAAGGAACUAGAAAGAUUCAUGCUGUGCUAAACGUGGAAACCUAUUCGAGCCAAUUUCAUCUUGCUUACCAAAACUUGUAAAUCUGCCCUUUUCAGAGGUAAAACAAAAAAAAAAAAAGAAAAAAAGCCUUGCAGUCUUUUGCAAAAAUGCUGUAGCCUGGUCCCACGCUCCACUGUUUAGCUGUGCUCCGUUCUGCCCUGCCGUAUGAGAGCUGUUCCUGAGGUCUGUGCACAGAUGUCUGUUUUCUCAUUCAGCUUGUGUGUCUGUGUGUGCUUUUUUUUCCUUAUAAAUGUGUGCGUUAUACAUGGCUAAAAGCCUCAAGCCAGGCUUGGUGGUUCGGUGUUUUAAACCCUGUUAAGAAAGAAGUGCUCUUGGGAUUGAGCUGUUGGGGUUUUGUUUGGUUUUUUUUUUAAAAAAAUAAUGAAUUAACACUCCCUUCCCCCCCUCCCCCCAAAUUUCUGUUCUCCUAAAAGAGAUGGCUUUGGGCCAUGAAGUCUCCUACAGGAAUAUGCAUCCUCCUGCGUUCAGGCUGCUGCCUCCAACAGAUGACGAUGACCAAAAGUUGCCGUUCCCCGCCAGGCUGCUCUGUGCUGGGUGUGGAUGGAUGGCUUUGGGAUGCUCCUCAGCACCAGCAGCACGGCCGGCAUCAUCCACAUCCCUCCGAGAGACUCUGCUUUUAUCCCUUGUAACGUACCCAAGCCCUGCGGGCAGCCAGCCCUGCUCUGCCGAGAGAGAGAGAGAGGGAAUGAAUCCUUCCCUCUGGCCGCUUCCCCAGCACCUCUCACCAGCGCUAACGAAGCUUGGGGGUACCCAUCUCCUGCGUGCAGGGGGCUGAGGGGAUGCUGUGGCUCGCUGCCUGCACAGGUGUUAACUGUGAAGGAAUCUUACACUCUUCUGUGCCUGUUUCUUUGAUUCAGCAUUAUCGUGUCUUGGGGAAAGGGGGUGGGAGCGAACGCCCUUCCCUCACCCCCUUUUGAUCACUGUGUAAUACUCUUUUUCUACACAAACUGUGUAUAGUAAGAUGGGUUUUGCCAAGGUUUUCUAAUUAAUAGACACUAACCAGCAUUUCUUUCCUAUUUCCCCCCCCCCCUCCUCUUUGCACAUGUGACUUUAACUGCAAUGGUACAUGGUCUUUCUGUUCUUUUCUAAUUGUGGACUUAAGUAAGCGAAUUCCUGGUGUCUGUGACAUUAAUGCACUGUGGGUCUAGCCUAGUAAGUUGUUCUGUUCCAAGCUGGGUUCUCUUAAGUUAUAGCUGGAUGGGGUUUUGUUGUUUUUAAACUGAAACAUAAAACCGUUUUACACUUUGCAUAUUUUGUACAGUAAAAAUUCUGGAAAUAAACUGAAACCAGA